AUGUUAGGUUCUUGUGGAUAUUUUAUUUCAUGUAAUCCAAUUAUUAGAAUAUUUACUAUAUGUUUACCAUUUAAAACUUCAAAUACAGGAAGGGAAAGUAAAAAAGAUUUUACAACAAAAUUAGUACCAUCAUCAUUUGUUCCAAUAACAUCAAGUAAAAUUUCUAUACAACCAUAUAAUGGUGAAUAUAAACCAUCACUUGAAAAGAAUGACUCUACAGAAUCAAAAAACACUUCUUCAAGUUUUAUUGGAAAAAAAUUAUCUCGUUCUAUUUUUUCAUCUGCUAGUAAAGACUCAACAAAUUCUGAUAAUCCAUUAUAUUUAUAUGGUGAGAUACGGUAUAAGCUUGAUUAUGAUUUUAGUACAAAUAAGCUUGCUGUGACAAUUGUUGAAUGUCGUAAUUUACCAGCUAUGGAUAGAAAUGGAUCCUCUGAUCCAUAUGUCAAAUUAUCUAUUUUACCAGAAAAAAAGCAAAAAUUCGAAACAAAAAUUAAAAGAAAUAAUCUUAAUCCAUUUUUUGAUGAAACAUUUCUUUUUAAUAUUCCAUUUAAUGAGCUUUAUAAUAUGACAUUACAAUUAUCAGUUUAUGAUUUUGAUAGAAUAUCAAAAGAUGACAGAUUGGGACAAUUAUUAAUACCAUUAGAAGGAGUUGACUUUGGUACGACAACAGAUAAAUGGGCAUGUUUAGAAAAACCUGAAUCAGACAGUGAUUCUAAAGAUGGUAGAUUAGGUGAUAUUUGCUUUUCAAUUAGAUACCGACCAACAACAGGAAUAUUGACAGUCACAAUUAUGGAAGCCAGAAAUUUAAAAAAAAUGGAUGUUGGUGGUAGUAGUGAUCCAUACAUAAAAAUAUACCUUCAUCAUGGAAAAAAAAUGUUAAUGAAAAAGAAGACAACUAUAAAGUAUAAAACUCUUAACCCAUAUUAUAAUGAAAGUUUCCAAUUUAAAGUUCCACCAAAUAUUUUACAGAAUGUAUACUUAGAAGUUAGUGUCUGGGAUUAUGAUAAAGUUUCUAAAAAUGAUUUUAUUGGCCAUGUUAUUGUUGGAAGUGAAAAUAUUACACAACAAUCAAUUACAUUAGGAGCACAUCAACAAUGGGGAGAAAUGUUAAUAACAAAACGUCCAAUUGUCAGAUGGCAUACAUUACAAGCAAAAGAAAAAGAUUAA